AUGCCGUCUUCUCUGCUGGGCCCUGCCAUGCCAGCUCCCACGGCGGCCGCCGCUUUGCAGGAAGCUUUGGAAAAUGCCGGACGGCUCAUCGACCGUCAAUUGCUAGAAGACCGCAUGUACCCGGACGUUUCCGAGCUGCUCCUGGUGUCUGCCCCGAAUAAUCCCACGGUUUCUGGAAUGUCAGAUAUGGAUUAUCCUUUACAAGGACCUGGUUUGCUUUCAGUACCGAACCUUCCAGAGAUCAGUUCCAUCCGAAGAGUUCCUCUCCCACCUGAACUUGUUGAACAGUUUGGACAUAUGCAGUGCAACUGCAUGAUGGGCGUGUUCCCUCCAAUCAGCAGAGCGUGGCUCACGAUUGACAGUGAUAUCUUCAUGUGGAACUAUGAAGAUGGAGGAGACCUUGCCUAUUUUGAUGGACUUAGUGAAACUAUUCUUGCUGUGGGACUUGUGAAACCAAAAGCUGGUAUCUUUCAGCCUCAUGUACGACACCUCUUAGUUUUAGCAACUCCUGUGGAUAUAGUGAUUCUUGGACUCAGCUAUGCUAAUCUACAGACAGGUCCUGGAGUUCUUAAUGACAGUAUGUCUGGAGGAAUGCAGUUGCUUCCAGAUCCUUUAUAUUCUCUUCCCACUGAUAAUACCUACCUUUUAACAAUAACUUCCACCGAUAAUGGCAGAAUUUUCUUGGCUGGAAAGGAUGGCUGUUUAUAUGAAGUAGCCUACCAAGCAGAAGCAGGUUGGUUUAGCCAAAGAUGCAGGAAAAUAAACCACUCAAAGAGUGCACUUUCCUUCCUUGUUCCUUCCUUGCUACAGUUCACAUUUUCAGAAGAUGAUCCUAUUGUUCAAAUUGCAAUCGAUAAUUCUAGAAAUAUUUUAUAUACACGAUCUGAGAAAGGUGUAAUACAGGUUUAUGAUUUGGGCUACGAUGGACAAGGAAUGAGCAGAGUUGCUUCCGUUUCACAGAAUUCUAUUGUCUCUGCUGCUGGAAACAUUGCUAGGACCAUAGAUCGUUCUGUUUUUAAGCCAAUUGUUCAAAUAGCAGUGAUUGAAAAUUCUGAGUCACUUGAUUGUCAGUUAUUGGCUGUCACACAUGCAGGUGUAAGGCUAUAUUUCAGCACCUGUCCAUUCAGACAACCAUUAGCACGGCCUAAUACCCUGACACUGGUUCAUAUUCGUUUACCUCCCGGAUUUUCAGCAUCUUCAACUGUGGAAAAACCUUCGAAAGUACACAAAGCUCUUUACAGUAAAGGUAUUUUAUUGAUGGCAGCCUCAGAGAAUGAAGAUAAUGAUAUUUUGUGGUGUAUUAACCAUGAUAUAUUUCCUUUCCAAAAACCAAUGAUGGAAACCCAAAUGACAACCCGAGUUGAUGGUCAUUCCUGGGCUUUAUCUGCGAUCGAUGAAUUGAAAGUAGAUAAGAUAAUUACACCAUUAAAUAAAGAUCAGAUUCCAAUCACUGACUCACCAGUUGUUGUCCAGCAGCACAUGUUGCCUCCAAAGAAGUUCGUUCUCCUCUCUGCACAGGGGAGUCUUAUGUUUCAUAAACUUAGACCUGUAGAUCAACUAAGGCAUCUCCUUGUGAGUAAUGUGGGUGGAGAUGGAGAAGAGAUUGAAAGAUUCUUUAAGCUAUAUCAGGAAGACCAGGCUUGUGCAACUUGCCUUAUCCUUGCUUGCUCCACUGCUGCCUGUGACAGAGAAGUAUCUGCUUGGGCUACUCGAUCUUUCUUCAGGUAUGGUGGUGAAGCACAGAUGCGGUUUCCAACCACUCUUCCCCCUCCCAGUAAUGUUGGUCCCAUCUUGGGGUCUCCUGUCUAUUCUAGUUCUCCUGUACUUAGUGGUAGUCCGUAUCCAAAUCCAACCUUUCUGGGAACACCAUCUCAAGGUCUGCAGCCCACUUCCAUGUCAACACCAGUGUGUGCAGCGGGCAGUCCAGCAGCCCAGGUCACGAGUAUGAGCUGUAUGGCUGGCCCAGAGAUUGUGUACUCGGGAAAACACAAUGGUAUUUGCAUUUACUUUUCUCGAAUUAUGGGAAACAUUUGGGAUGCUAGUUUAGUUGUGGAGAGAGUGUUCAAGAGUGGCAACAGAGAGAUCGUUGCUAUUGAAAGUAGUGUUCCCUCCCAACUUCUGGAGUCAGUGCUACAGGAACUAAAAGGUUUGCAAGAAUUUCUUGACAGAAACUCCCAAUUUGCAGGUGGACCAUUAGGAAAUCCAAAUACUACUGCUAAAGUGCAGCAGAGGCUGCUGGGAUUCAUGCGUCCUGAAAAUGGAAACACCCAGCAAAUGCAACAGGAGCUGCAGAGGAAGCUUCAUGAGGCCCAACUGAGUGAAAAAGUUUCACUUCAGGGAAUCCAGCAAUUGGUUCGAAAGUCAUACCAGGCUCUGGCUUUAUGGAAACUUCUUUGUGAACAUCAAUUCACAGUCAUUGUAGGAGAACUUCAAAAGGCAAAUGAACUACUUCAACAUUCCCGACAAAUUCAAAGUAAGAUUGAAAAGGAAAGAAUGUUAAGGGAAUCAUUAAAGGAGUAUCAGAAAAUCAGCAAUCAAGUGGACCUUUCCAGUGUUUGUGCUCAGUAUAGACAAGUGCGUUUUUAUGAGGGUGUGGUGGAGCUCUCUCUGACUGCUGCCGAGAAAAAAGACCCUCAGGGUCUUGGACUUCAUUUCUAUAAACAUGGAGAGCCAGAAGAGGACAUAGUAGGACUGCAGGCUUUCCAAGAGAGAUUAAACAGUUACAAGUGCAUUACAGAUACACUGCAAGAGCUGGUAAAUCAAAGUAAGGCUGCUCCUCAGUCUCCCAGUGUACCCAAAAAACCUGGUCCUCCAGUGUUGUCAUCUGAUCCCAAUAUGUUGAGUAAUGAAGAAGCAGGACAUCAUUUUGAACAAAUGCUUAAAUUGGCUCAGCGAUCUAAAGAUGAGCUCUUUAGUAUUGCCCUUUAUAAUUGGCUAAUACAAGCUGACCUUGCAGACAAGCUGCUACAGAUUGCUUCUCCAUUUCUGGAGCCACAUCUGGUCCGAAUGGCUAAGAUUGAUCAAAACAAAGUCCGUUAUAUGGAUUUACUGUGGCGAUAUUAUGAGAAGAACAGGAGUUUCAGUAAUGCUGCUCGUGUCCUGUCCAAGCUUGCUGACAUGCAUAGCACAGAAAUUUCACUUCAGCAGCGCCUCGAGUACAUUGCUCGAGCCAUUCUUAGUGCCAAAAGCUCCACUGCUAUUUCAUCAAUUGCUGCAGAUGGAGAAUUCCUUCAUGAGUUGGAAGAAAAAAUGGAAGUUGCUAGGAUCCAGCUUCAGAUACAGGAGACACUACAAAGGCAGUAUUCCCAUCAUUCUUCUGUACAAGAUGCAGUUUCUCAGCUGGAUUCUGAGCUAAUGGACAUAACUAAGCUUUAUGGGGAAUUUGCUGACCCAUUUAAACUUGCAGAGGGUAAACUAGCAAUAAUUCACUGUGCUGGUUAUUCAGAUCCUAUAUUGGUGCAGACACUUUGGCAAGAUAUCAUAGAGAAAGAACUGAAUGAUAGUGUGGCAAUGAGUUCCCCAGAUCGAAUGCAUGCUCUUAGUCUGAAGAUUGUGCUCCUGGGCAAGAUUUAUGCUGGCACACCUCGUUUCUUUCCUUUAGAUUUUAUAGUACAGUUCUUAGAGCAGCAAGUUUGUACUUUGAACUGGGACGUAGGCUUUGUGAUACAGACAAUGAAUGAAAUUGGAGUGCCAUUACCUAGACUACUGGAAGUAUAUGAUCAGUUAUUCAAAUCGCGGGAUCCAUUCUGGAAUAGAACAAAGAAGCCACUUCAUCUUUUGGAAUGUAUACAUGUACUAUUGACAAAAUAUGUUGAGAAUCCUAGCCAAGUUCAGAAUUAUGAGAGGAGGAGGUUUACAAAUCUAUGCCUGGAUGCUGUUUGUGGUUACCUGGUUGAGCUCCAGUCUAUAAGCUCUUCAGUAGUAGUACAAGCCAUUACAGGGAAUUUUAAAUCUCUUCAGGCUAAAUUAGAGCGGCUUAAUUAAUUAAUGAUUGUAAUGUAUUUUCAUCCUUGCAUUUUGAUCUGUAAAAUAAAAGCUCCACUGGGUCCAGAUAAUGAGAUUCUCUGAAUCUAAGAAAUUAAGAACCAUUUUUAGUAGAAAUACUUUUUUAAGAAGUUGCUACCAACAGUAUAUGUGCCAAGUUGAUUCUUCUUUUUACAACUACUUACUUUGUUUUUGUUUUAAUAAUCAGGUUAAAUACACUGAAAUAAUAUUAUAGUUAACACAAGAAUAAGAAAAUAUUUGGAAACUGUUAAA